AUGACUGUUCCGGAAUCUAUGAUGAGGACCCCGAAGAGGGCUCAGUCUGCGCUUUCGAAUGCCUCCAACGGAGCUGGUGCCGACUUCACUGACUCCAGAAAGAGGCAGUCGAAGAAGGACGAGGCUAUUAGAAGAAAAAUUGAGAAUGACCUCAGAAAGAGAAAAAACACCAACAUGACAGAUCUGCAAGGGUCUCCCAGAAAUUUAAGAAGAAGACCGGGUAAUUAUACUCCCGGUACCGUGAUGUUCCUUAAGCCCUCUGAGCCAAUCGUGUGCAGACCUUCCUACACUGUGUUUGAGGCUGCCCAGUUGAUGUCACUGAAAAAAGAGAACUGCAUUCUUGUUGUUGACGAAGAUGAGGAGCUUUUGGGAAUUUUCACUGCAAAGGACUUGGCUUUCCGUAUUGUUGGCUCCAAUUUGAAUGCUAACACCACCAUGAUCGAGGAAAUCAUGACUCCAAAUCCAAUGUGUUGCAAGACCUCGACUUUGGCUUCAGAUGCUCUGAAUCUAAUGGUAGGAAGAGGCUUCAGACAUUUGCCAGUUAUCAACGACUCGAACCAGAUUGUCGGUGUAUUGGACAUCACCAAGUGCUACAACGAGGCCAUGAUCAAACUGGAGAGGAUGUACGAAAGUUCCAAGAAACUUUACGAUGCCAUGGAGGGUGUUAAUGCUGAGAUGGGUGGUGUUUCAUCCCAGCCGGCCCAUGUGAUCAAAUACUUUGAUAACUUGAAGUCUCUCAUUGAUGGGCCUACUCUUAACUCUGUGCUGGACGAUUCGACACUUCCAAUCUACAUUGAUAUCAGGGCUUCAGUAUUUGAUGCUGCCAACGCGAUGAAGGACAAUCACACCACCGCGGUUUUGGUGAAGGACUCGCAAAAAUUUGAUGAGGUUACUGGUAUCUUCACCUCGAAAGAUGUGGUUUUGAGAGUAAUCGCAGCUGGUUUAGACCCCAGAACAUGCUCUGUUAUCAGGGUCAUGACCCCCAAACCAGAUUAUGCUAGCGGAGGACUUUCUGUUCAUCAGGCGCUAAGAAAGAUGUUUGACGGUCACUACCUGAAUCUGCCAGUUAUCGACGAAGAUAGCAGCGAGAUCGUUGGAAUCGUUGAAGUUUUGAAACUUACCUAUGCAACUCUGAACCAGCUCAAAUCAGUACAAUCCUUUGGAGGAGACUCUGUUAGCGGAAGCGAGAUUGGCUCUGCUGCUGGGGCUAAUGAAAGGGAGGGUCCCGCUUGGAACAAAUUCUGGACCUCGUUGGACAACGAGACCGAAUCCUUGCACUCUCUGGAUUCAGACAGUCAAGUGAAUGUUCAAGUUCAGGACGUUUCAAGAUCUGAGAUGGCACAGUUUGCUAUAAACAACGACAUUGGGCCCUCAGAUAGCAUCUCUGUCACGGGAAUGGAAGAGAAGUCACCAGCUAAGCUGCGCGAUCCUCAAGCCGCCAAGAUCAACUUCGAUGAAGCUUAUUUUUUCAAAUUCAAGUCUCCAGUUGGAAGAAUUCACAGAAUCAGCUUCAAGCCAUCUGAAGGUGUGGUAUCGUUGAGAGAUCUGGUCAGCUCCAAGUUCAACAAGCAGGAGCAGCUGGCCCUUCAGAGAUCUCAGCAUGAGAGCUUUACCGAGAAUUUCGACUUUGCAAUCUCUUAUAUCGAUGAUGAAGGAGACGUGGUUGCCAUCACUACCGACCAGGACUUACUUGACUGUGUGUUGAUCUCGAAGCAAUUGCAGAGAGAAAAGGCUGAUCUGUAUAUCCACCAUCCAGAAACCACUCCAGACGUUGAUACUCUUCCAUCCAGAAGGGUAGCCAAGUCUUCAGUUGAAUCAAAGGGUCUGCCUAAUGAGGUUCUACUUUCGGGCGCGAUCUUUGCACUGGCUGCCGCUGUUGUGGUCGUUUUCACUUUCAGCAGAAAGUAA